AUGGCUCCACCAACUGCUUCAAAAGGAAAAAAAGCUGUUAAAAGUCAAAAAUCUGUUCGUCCAGGAGAUAAGAAGGGCAAAAGAAAGGCUAGAAAAGAAACAUAUUCUAUUUAUAUUUAUCGUGUCUUGAAACAGGUUCAUCCAGAUACAGGAAUCUCUUCAAAAGCCAUGUCAAUUAUGAACUCUUUUGUCAAUGAUGUUUUUGAAAGAAUUGCUUCUGAGGCUUCAAAACUUGCUCAUUAUAACAAAAAGUCUACUAUUUCUUCUAGAGAAAUUCAAACUUCUGUUAGACUUAUUCUUCCUGGAGAGUUGGCAAAACAUGCUGUUUCUGAAGGAACUAAGGCUGUCACCAAAUUUACUAGUUCCAAAUAA